AUGGGACUGCUCGAGCUGUGGCAACUCACGUGGAUACUAGCUAUUGCAGCUGCAUUGCUGUCGUUCCAAAGUGAUGUCUGUCGUGCAUUUGUUUUGCAAGGCAAGACGCGCACUUCAGCACGUCUUCCCCACCUAUGGCUGUUGCGGGUGGAAAUGCCCAAGAGCUACUGGACGUGGUUCUACCUCGUUGCCGCACUACAUGGCAAUUUCAUACUGAUCGCUAUCGUGUUUUGGCAACACUCCAAAGUCGUCCAAGAUGCGCUGCACGUCGCCCAUCCAUCGACGGAUCAAGGAACGACCAAUGAUAUCACGAUCCAGCCACACGCUAUCGCGUUCCUUAUGCUGUUUGCAGCGCAUACGACACGACGCUUGAUCGAGUCACUCCUGGUCACUGCGUUUGGCACGGCCAAAAUGCACGCAAGUAUACUUUUCGUAGGCAUGUACCAUUACGUGGCCACGGUCCUGUCCGUCCUGUCCGAUCCUGACGCCAUCACGCACCAUCCAGACACCAAUGGUCGUACAAUUAUGACGGGACUCGGUCUCGUGCUUUUCACGCUGGCGUCGUACCAUCAAUCCCGCUGCAACUACCUCCUAGCACAGCAAAAGCGUGCGAAUCACAUGAACUACGUGAUUCCUUGCGGCGACUGGUUCAACGUGGUGCGCAGUCCACUCUACACAGCUGAGCUGAUGCUCUACAUCAGCUUCGUCUUGGUCACUGGCGGGAGUAUCUUCAUGCUCUACCUCGUGUCUGUCUGGGUCCUGGUCAACCAAGUCCUCCUCGCCCACCUCAACUCGCAAUGGAUCGAGCACAAGUUCCGCGACCAAAAAGACGAGCUGCUGCCCAAGUGGAACCUCGUCCCCUUUAUUUGGUAA